UCCACAUCGAAGUUGUUGCAGCAUGAGGUUCCAAUGCUAACAAGACGUGUACUUCAUUGUGUACGGGCCUCCAGGCAGGUCCGGUCGCUCAAGCAAAUCAGCAGAAAUGGCAUUCUGCAACAACGCUCCGCGAGCACAGCUUCGGGACAAGCCGCAUCAACAGUAUCAUCGCAGUCCUCGGCUUCACAGCUAGCAGUCUUCACUGGCGAGUUGGACAAGCUAUCUCCUCGCUUUGACAUCAGUGCGGAUUCAAUACAAAUCUUGAAAUCACCCGCAGAGUUCUAUGAGACCUUGAAGACAAAAAUCAGAAAUGCAAAAAGACGCGUAUAUCUAUCUACCUUAUACAUUGGGAAAAGCGAGCACGAGUUUAUCGAUACCAUCCGACAAGCUUUAAAAUCAAAUCCAGAUUUACAAGUGUCGCUAUUGACCGACUAUCUCCGCGGGACCCGCGAAGCGCCCAAUCCAUCAUGUGCAAGCCUUCUCGCAUCGCUCAUCCAAGAGUUUGGUCCCGACCGUGUCGAGGUCCGUUUGUACCACACACCCAACCUCACUGGAGCACGCAAAGCGAUUCUGCCCAAACGAAUCAAUGAAGGAUGGGGCCUGCAACACAUGAAGCUGUACGGCAUUGACGACGAGAUCAUCAUGUCCGGAGCCAACCUCUCUGAUGACUACUUCACGAACCGACAGGACCGGUACCAUGUCUUCAAGUCAAAGCCCAUCACGGAUUACUUCUCCGAGCUGUAUCGUACCAUAUGCGACCUUAGUUAUCGAGUAUCACCGUCUGACAAGGAGGCGAGCGGGUUUAUCGCAGAAUGGCCUUUACAGAACGUCCAACCAGAGCCGCUCAAGGAUCCAAGUGGUUAUAUCAAGGCAGCAAGCAAGGUACUGCUGCCUUUAGCUAGCCCACCAAGCGUAAAGACAACGCAGCCGGAGACAGACACUUCCGUCUAUCCACUUGUACAGCUGACACCGCUGCUCAAGCCGGAUAAAUCCACGGAGUUGCCGGCUCUGACGGGGAUUCUGCGCACCCUAGGUACCCCAGAGUUCGCGGGAUCCAAGUGGACUUUCACGGCAGGCUACUUCAACAUGACUCCGGAAGUGCGCAAGCUGCUUUUGAAGACCAAGCCUGCUUCUGGCACAGUAGUCGCGGCCUCACCAUGGGCAAAUGGAUUCUACGGCAGCAAAGGAGUCAGUGGUAUGUUGCCUGCUGCAUACAGUCUCCUAGGUCGGCGCUUCCUAGAUGCUGUAUCGAAAGCGGGUCUCAGUAACCAGAUAGCCGUGAAAGAAUGGCGCAGAGGCACGGUAAACACACCUGGAGGCUGGACAUAUCACGCGAAGGGCAUCUGGGUGACAUUGCCACAAGAACAAAACCCCAGCAUCAGCUUGAUCGGAAGCUCGAACUACACGAAGAGAAGCUACUCGCUAGACCUGGAAGCAAACACGCUGAUUGUCACACGAAACGCUGACCUUCAACGACGGCUCGGAGCAGAGCAGAAGUGGCUUCAGGACUAUGCCACACCCAUGACACAGGACGACUACGCAAAGACAGAGCGUAGGGUCGGGCUGCAUGUAAGAUUAGCGAUGUGGAUUGUAACAUUAGUCGGGGGAGCGUUGUAGAGAAAUACAUCUGGAAUUACAAGCAUUGUAUACGAC